AUGAGCCCCAAGAGGAAGACCGGCGGCGCCUCCAAGCCCUCUGCCCAGCCCAAACCUGUCGCGACGACCUCCAAACCUCCUGCAACAACGCCCUCAGUCCCCCCAGCCCCCACGAAGAUCGCGCAGACACCCUCAGCAGGCCCCGCAGCUCCUAACAUGCAGAGGGUAUCGCCGCCACCCAACGCUGGGCCAUCGCGGCCCGGCGUCACUAUCCAGACGAACCCUGUCGCUCCGCCGCCCCGAAGCCUUGCUCAACCCCCUAAACCCUCAGCCCAGCCUGCGAGAUCAGCCCUCGCCUCUCACCUCCGAAAUGCACCCGCAGCCGCUCACAUAUCGGCACCAGCUGCCAAACCAGGACCGGCUCAGAAGCACACUUUCACUCGGUCGGACCGGGUGCGUGCUGAAUGGCGCGAGUUCGAGGCUACCUGGGUCUCUGUGCGCCAGAGUCAGAUAGAGAGGGAACUCGACGAGCUCUUCAAGACCGCGGAACGCACGAGCCGGGCCAAGGGCAAGACCAACGGGGCGCCGAGCGGCAUGGACAAGAUCGUCAACGGCAUGCAGCGGGACUUUGCGUACGCCGCUCGCGACGAGUGGGAUGCGCGAUUGCUCCGUGCCGGUCUCCAAGCGGAGGACUGGACCGAUAUGUCGCUACAGGAGAUGAUCGCCGUCGAACAGGUGCUCUCGUAUGAGGACGUCGACCAGGAGCCGGGCGUGUACGCCCAGGUCCGUCGCGAGUCCGUCGCGACCACGAGCAGCUCUGGGAGCUCUGCGGCCGUAGACACGACGCCGCCCACUGCCCCGCGGUCGUUGGGCGGUUGGAAGACCAGCUCCUCCGCAUACCCGCAGUCAGCUGCCCCCCAAAAGACUCACGCGAGUCAGCCAUUGCGCAACACCCAAUCGGUGGCCUCCCGACACGCAAUGUUCGCGGAAGAUGAGCCCGUGAAACCGUCCCACACAUGGGGUGGAAAGACUUCCCCGAUCAUCGAGGAUACUCGCACGCAGUCCAAGCCCUCUCCCGCCCCCAUUCCCGUGGCGGCCUCCGCAUCCGCGUCCUCCUCGCGCGCCGCACACCCCCCGGUGAAGCCGGCGCCCACUGUCGGUGCACUCGCGACAUCAGCAGACCUCCUUGUCUACGCCGUGCCUAUCGCACUUACCCAGCCCCCUCUCGAUCCCGUGCUGGCCGCGAACGCUGACUACAUCAGCAUACUGGACAAGCUGAACCUGAACUCCAUCCGCCAGUUCCACCUGAAGGCCGCGGACGCGGACGCGGAGCUCGCCCGGCAGCUGCGGAAGCCCAUGCCCGCGGCCGACCGCGAGUUCACGAUCCGUGCGCACCAGGUCGCGAUGGAGCAGAGCGCACGCGACAUCGUCACCCGCCGCAAUCAGCUCCUCGACGACGAGCGGAAGAAGCGCGGAUGGGGAACCGGAGGCCCGGGUGGCGAUAGUGCGCCCACCGUGCAGCCCGCACCCGCCCGCCCCGCGCAGGUUCCGGGGGCGUUCCCGGAGGAACGCCCGCAGCCCGUGAGGCAGCCGUCGCCCGAGCUCAAGCCGCUGCUGGAGUACGUGCCCGACGCGGAGCCCGAGCCGGAACGGGAGCCCGAGGAAGAGGUCGUCGACGAGGUCAUCGAGAUCCCUAUCAAGGGCAAGGGCAAGAAGAAGGGCAAGGGCGUUGCGGUGAAGCCCGCCGCCAACGGCCGUUCCACGCCGACGCCUGCAGCACCGACGCCCGCUGCACGAGCUGCGACGCCCACACAGAAAGCCGCGCCAGCUGCGGAGGCGAAAGGCAAGGCCGCGGAGACGAAGGGCAAGGCUGCCCCAACUAUCGCAGCCUGGAACUCGGCGAGGACCGCCCCUGCGCGUGCAGCUUCGCCCGCUCCCAUCAACACGAAGCUCUCGCCCACAUCCUCCACGACCGGGCGCAGCUCGCCGAUCCCCAUCCCGCCACCCAACAAGCUCUCGCCAUGGGAGGCGCAGAAGGCGAAGUCAUCCGGCACCUCGUCAAGUGCUGCAGAUGCGAAGGCAGCUGCUGCUGACCAGGACAUCUGGGCUCCGCCGAUGGCGCGUGGCGGGAGCAACAGCAAGAACCCGUUCGCGCCCACGCGGCCCUCCCGCCUCGCCCAGGUCUCGCAAGGCCCUGAUCCCGAACCGGUGCCCCAGUCCCCAGAGUCCCCCGAGCCCCCCUCGCCGCCCGUCCAAGAGCAGGGCGGACAAGAAUACAUGAAGUGGUAUGCCGGGUCUCCAGCGGAUGACGACAGCAUCCUGAACGUCCGGCGCGAGCAAGAUGAAGAUGAGGAAGAAGACGAAGAUGAGGACGACGAGGAGACCCCAGGUGCAGAGGGCUUCGGCUUCGGCUCGAUGUACAAGUCGCUCGCGGGUGCGUCGCCCUGGGCGCUCUUCGGAGAGUCCUCCCAGCCGGCGCGCACCGCCUCUCCCGCCCCCGCCGCCCGCGGACGCGCCGCGCAACCCACUCCUGCGCGCGCGGUCGCCCCGGAGCCGGCGUACGCGCGCUGGGGCGCCCCUCCUGCAGGGCCGUCGGGCUUUGGCGCAGGUCCGAGCGCUGAGCCGUCUGGGAUGUGGAAGCCGCAGGGCGGCGACGACCCCUUCGAGCAGAUGCACGAGAUCGCGUCGAGCACGCUGGACAGGGCCGUCGCGGGCAGCAGCCGGACGGGCAUCGAGGACGUGAUGGCGAUGUAUGUCACGGCGUCCAAGGCGCGCGAGACGGCGGCGACGCCUGUAGGCGGGCGCAGCGCGUGGAGGCGGUGAGCGCCGCUCCCGCUCCCUCCUUCUCUCCGUCCCUCCUUGGCGCGUGAUCACCCACCGCCGCAACAAAACAAAACCGAAAAAUCAAACGCCUGCCCGCCGUCCCUCUGGGAGGCGGGCUCCGGUGGUGAGUGCCGGAUAUUGCGUUACGACGCCACGCUGCUGUGCAGCCAUGACCUUUUCCCUCUUCCUCUCCUGUCCGUGUCUUUAUUCUCCGAGUCGCGCUUGGUCUGCCCGUGUUCCGUGUUGUGAGUUCUCGAUGCUCCGUGCUCCGUGCUUUUUACUCUAUCAUCUUCCCUCUCCGUUCCCGUCUCUCUCAGUCCCAGUAUCACUCUCUUCCUCUCCCGGUCUCGGUGUUUCUCUCAUUUUUUGCCGUCUUCCUCCCGGUCUCCUCUACCCUCCGUUUAGUUGGAUGUAUCGCUUGAUACCCAUAACGUUAUGUAUUUAUACACCGCUCUCCCAUAGAUGCUACCCACCGCUGUAGGCAUAGCUGACCCCCACGGACGUUCCCCUUUCCUUCCCUUCCCUGCCUCUCUCUCUUUGCUCGCUGUUUGCUCUCCCUCCCUAGCUACGUAUAGCUCUUCCUUACGAUCGACUGUAGUGAUGCCUUGUACAUACUCACGCGAUAUUUAUGGCUGCGAGUCCAUAUAUGCCAUAUUCCUUUUUUACGAUGUUCUCUAAUUUCCUGUAGCUACGUCUAUGCCAUUGCGAUUCUU